AUGCCCCGUCUGUUCCCACGCCUGACGGCCACCCGGCUCCAAGCAACCACCUACCUUCUCGGCAUAGCCCUCUUCAGUAUCGCCUUCCUCGUCUUCCUCAACAGCAGCAUCUCGUUCGUUGUUACGGAUGUCAUUGGGCAAAAGAAGGGCGUGGGAGAUGCAGUAGGGACACUCGGCUUUGCGGAUGAGCUACUGGCACUCGUUGCGUGUCCGAUUUGGGGCCUACUCAGUGAUCGGAUUGGCGUACGCAUUGUGGCGGUCGUUGGCUACUGCAUUGUGGGUUUGAGCUUGAUCUGCUUGGUGCAGAGUCAGAACGUCUACCCCGACCUGCUGGUGGCAAGGCUGGGCUUCAGCAUUGGAGGUGCGGCCUGCUCUACGAUGGUAACCGCAGUGCUGCCCGCUAUGGUAGCGAAGAGGAUGACCAAAGAGGACGAUGAGCCCAAUAUCCAGGAGCGAGCGCUAGCGAAUGGAUACGCGGGAAGGCUGCAAGAAGAGGAGAGGGCGGCUAGGAGAGACAGCAUCGGUCAUGGUGCCACUCCCAGUGUGAGCAGUGAGCUCACCAUCACUCCAAACCGAUAUGUUUCCCGGUCUCAGACAAGACGACAGGCCAGCGGAUCGGGGAGCGAUCAAAAGAAGGACACAGACGAAGAAAGCUAUGCCGGUACAUCGCAGCUGGCGGGCUUCGUGGGCUUCUUCACUGGUGCAGGCGCUCUCCUCGCUCUCGUCAUCUUCCUCCCGCUACCGGCGCACUUCCAGGACGAAGGUCGCAGUCCAGCUCAAAGCUUGCAGAUCAGCUUCUAUAUUGUCGCUGCCAUUGCGUUCUGCGUCGCGAUCUUCAUUUUCUUCGGACUCCGCAACCUGCCUGGGGAAGAAGAGAAGAGCAUCAAUCACCUCUGCGACAGACCGUACGACGAGAGUACCAAGUUGGACUCCCAAGGCAACCUCCACACGACACUGAUACCGACGCCUUCGUACUUAGAACUUGUUAAAGACGCUUUCCUGCUCGGUCUGACGGACUCAACAAUCUUCUUGGGCUACCUCGGCGGCUUUGUCGCUCGCGCCUCCUCAGUUGCGAUCAGCCUCUUCAUCCCAUUCUUCGUCAAUGCGUACUUCACUCGGACAGGCAAAUGUCGCUCGAACCCAGACAACCUUCCUGACAUCAAGGAGAACUGCCAGAAAGCGUACCUUCUCGCCUCAGCGCUCUCUGGCAUAGCAGAAACAGCAGCGCUGCUCUGUGCACCCAUCUUCGGCUGGCUCGGGGGCAGAGUUGCGAAAGGAGCGAGCGAGUGGCCUUUGCUUGGUGCCGCCGCGGUUGGUGUGGGAGGUUACGUUGCGUUCGGGAUGCUCAGGAACCCAGAUCCGUUCCAUGGCGAUGGAGGUCAGUGGGCGUUCAUUGCAGUUAUCCUCAUAGGCAUCAGCCAGAUUGGCUCGAUCGUCUGCUCACUUAGUCUGCUCGGCCGUGGUAUCAACGAAGGCGGUGACAGCAGAGCGCAGCCAGCGGACACCGCACCCCAAGAACGGUUUGGCGCUAUGGAAGGCUCGGAAGCUGCGCCAUUGCUCCCAGGAGCACCUGAAGAGAAGGCCAAGAAGGACCGCUCCCGGCUCAAAGGCUCGAUUGCAGGCAUGUACAGCUUCGUCGGUGGAGCAGGAAUCCUGCUGUUAACCAAGCUCGGGGGUGCGCUGUCGGACUCGUGGACGGCGGGAGCGCCAUUCUUCAUGAUGGCGAUCUUCAAUGCCGUACUGCUGGUCGCUGUGGUCGGCGUUGCUGUCGGAAAGGCUGCAUUGCGGCGGGAGGAGGCCAGAGACCGGGGCUGA